AUGGUCUCGGACAAGUCGCUGUUCACGGCCUAUCGCCACAUCGCUCCUACGAAGAUUGGUGGUAUUGCAGGGGGCAUCAACGCCGUCGGAACGGGAAACAUCGCCUUUGUUGCCGCCUCCGGUCACCCGAUCACGCUUACCGGCGUGCUGCACACCCCGGGCCUGUCUGUCAACCUCCUCUCGGUCUCUCGACUUUGCGACACCGACGAUGUCCGUGUCGCCUUCACGAAGCACGGCAUCCAUAUCGACAAGAACGGCAAUGCUAUCGCUGAAGGCGCAAGACUCGAGGAAGGGCUCUACUUGCUGGACGCUGAUCAUUCCAAAUGUCAGCAUCUCGCUCUCCUCUCUCGCUCACAGUCUUCCGUGCCCCUGCUGACCCUUCACCGCUGCCUCGGCCAUCUCGCACCGUCGUCCAUACAGAAGAUGGUUGCCGCUGGUUUGCUGUAUGAGAUGAUCUGA